AUGCGGCUAUUCCUCCUUCCAAUUUCCACCCGUCGCGCCCUCAUCUACUGCGAACGUCGUUCCGCUGCGGCGGGAGAGAAGCCGUCGGUGCUCGACAAGGUCACAAACAAGGCAAACCAGACGUGGGCAGACUGGGAGAAGGUGCCGGCCGAGGUGCCCUGGUACAAGGGUGGCUGGAAAAAAACCGUCACGGUCCAAGGCAAUCGCGUACUGCGCCGGAUUCCAUACCAGGAAUGGGGACUCAAGACGAUACCUGCGCUGAGCAGUAGGCGUCGCGAGGCAGAGCUCGAGGGCAGCGAGGUGCUCGAGGUCAAGUACCCGGGCCUGUUCCUCAAGCCGGAGCGCGUGUCGCCAAUUCUGCAACAGCUGGCGACGGAGCGGCAGUCGCUGCAUCGCAAACGCCUGUGGUGGAGUAUCAUUGGCAUGCCGAUUUCCGCACCGUUCGCCCUGGUGCCAAUAAUACCGAACAUCCCCUUUUUCUACCUCGUCUUCCGCGCAUAUUCUCACUGGAAGGCCCUGUCCGGUUCGAAACACCUUGAAUUUCUGCUUAAGAAUAAUCUUAUAAAGCCGAAACCGUCUCAUGAGCUCGAUCAGCUGUAUGCUGCUGGCCUCAUUCAUCCUACCCGACAGCUGUCGCGCGAUGCAGCACCGCCUUCUGAAGAGCAGGCCGAGGCGGUCGCCGAGAUUGUCAGGCGCCAGACAAACAACGAAACAGAAGAUGUCAUGGUUUUGCAAAAGUGGAAUGGCAAGCUGUUGGCCGAAAGAUAUCAUUUGCCGGAAAUGGAGGUCGAGAUCGAACGGGCGGUUGAGCAGGUUGAAAGCUCCAUAAAGGCAAAAGAAGAGCUCCACGAGGAAAAGCGGGAGAUCGAAAAGGCAACGGCAUACCCAGAGGAACCGAAGAAAUCCGAGAAAUAA